CAUGCCGACAGCCAGCCUGACGAGAUGAUCGUCCUCAUCAUCAUCGCGUGCAUUACUACAGCGGCUGCUACUAACUCCACCAAAGAUGCGACCACAGAGUCCCCGACUAACACCACCAAAGAGAUCCUCAAAGCGAGUGAAACAGCUGAUCCGAAAAAGGUGCAAAUUGUGAAACAAAUACGACGCUUGAAUGAAGAUGGAUCAUACACCAUAGGCUACGAGGCUGAUGACGGCACAUUCAAGAUUGAAAAUAAGGAUGUGCUUGGAAAUGUUAAGGGAACAUUUGGUUACAUCGAUCAGGAUGGUGAGAUCAAACGUGUGACGUAUACAUCUUCGAGUGAUAGUACACCUGUUCCAGUUACUACCAGCACGACACCGAGUACACCAACUAUGAUCGUGAGGGUUAAUAAAACAGUGUCAUCGACCACACGCAGACCUUUGCCUACAGUAGUUUACCCCACGAGAGGAUCGUAUACUACGCGGGGAACUGUGAUCCAGGCUAUACCUAGGAGACGUGCUCAUGCUAGUUCCACUAGAGCUCCACUUACAGAAACUACGACGGAGUCCCAGAAACUUGAAGAGACAACAACAAAUAUUUUAAGUUUGUAUAAACCAAAAGUAGAGGAAGUGAAAACACGGACACAGAUUCUGAAACCGAUGUCGGCGACUGUGAAAGAUGAUUUGAUUACAAGACAAACGACUACGAAAAUUCCCGCGACUGUGAAACCGGUGUACGAACGUGUUACCGAGAAAGAUCAGGAAAGUGAUGCAAACAAAGCUAAUACUAUCCGUCGCGAAUUAAGUGGAACCAGUCCCAACCCACGCAUGAUCAGUCUCCAGCAGUCCGUUGGUGAUGAUUCGACAGACGUCUAUGGAAGCCAUCUAUCCAUGGGUACAGUUCGACCUUUGUUCACGACCACUACUCCUCGACCACGACUAGUGCCUAUACAUUCCUUAGUAGCUGCUAGGCAGAAAAUUCAACAACAAUACCAAGACGUACCCAUUCAAGAACAAGAAACCACAAUCGAAGCCAGCACUGGACGAGUUUUCGAUCAGGAUCACGUAUUGACUACUAAUGCAGUGCCAGUAGUUCAUAUCCAACCUCAGAGGGAUCCUAACGACCAGGUGUACCAGCAACCUAUUUACAGACGACCACCAGCAGCAGUCCAUUUCCGUACCCGGGAGUAUUUAAGAGACAACCCUGGAGCUCCGGUGCCUAUCGGGAACACGCGACCCUUCAUCCAGUAUGAAUUCCAGAACAAAGUGUUAGAGCCUCAGUACUUGAAGGAGACCCCACAACACCAGCAAAGAUCUCAGGCGUCCGCAGAAGUGACUCCGAACCCUUACGACCCGCGACCUGUGACAAGGAUUAUCCCUAUUCCUGUGGACGAUAGAGGAGUGCCACUGCAAGGUUACCAAGGACGUUUUGUGAACCCCUACCAGAGACCCGCCCUGUUCCAGCCGAGAUACGAACCUGUGGACGAGAUGACCUCCAUCGCUGCUCCUGUGAGUACCAGAGAUUUGCGGCGCUUGCUACACAUUCUGAUAUUACGGCAGAAUAAGUUGCAAGCGUUGAUGGACCAGAUGAUGCCUGGGCCGUCUUUGUAUCGGCCGGAGACCGACUACCGUUACCAGCGCUUCCAGGACGAUGAUCGCUACGACUACCGAUACGAUCAGUACCGACAGGAGUAUCAGGGUCAGAGUUACGAGAAUCAGUACGAGAGCCAGCGCUAUGUCCCGCGGAGGAGGUACCCUCGGCCUUACGAUACAGCUGGCUCCUCCUCCAACCAUAUCGAGGAGAUGCCAGAGUAUCUCCCACCUGAAAUAAGAGAGGCUUUGUUGUUGAAGAUGCUGAUACUGGCCAUCAGCCCGGACUUCAUGCCCACGGUGGCGCCCCCCACAGAGCUGACCACUGCCGCUCCGCCCAGGAAGCAAGUGAGGAACAUCCAGAUCCUGGGCGAGGAGGGCUCCAUGGACGACAAGCGCCAGCAGAGGCACUGAGGUAAAUAUUUAUUGUAAAGCCUUUAAUAGUAAUACUCAUGUAAUUGUAAAUAGUAUGUUUUUUAUGUGAACUUUGUGGUAA